UACCACAGAUCAAGUCAAAAGCUUGGAUAUCAGUCUCAUUAAACACGAAAAAAACAUUAAAAUACAGCAACAAAAAGUACAUCUACAAUCUGGAAUGUAUUGGAUAUAUGCAAAAUAUAAUUGUACUUUAGAAAAAGUUGCAACGGUUUCUCCAUAUGUAAAACAACCUAACGAGAAAAGAUAUUUGAUUUUAUCGCGUAUUCCUGCUGAAUGGAUAUUUCCUUAUUUCGAUAAUGCCGCAAUCAAGGCCAGCUUUUCUAUUCGUAUUAGACAUAAUAACACUGAAACAGCUCUAUCACAUACGCCUGGUGAUGAACUAAUAGAAAAAAAUGAACUGUAUACUUUAUUUCGUACUACUUCUUUGAUGUCCAAUCAUUUAAUAGUAGCCGCAAUUGUACCAAGUGACUGUGUUAAAGCUACUUUCUCGUUGAGUAAAAAUGUUAAUAUGUCAAGUAGAUUACAAGUAAUAAAUGACACUACAUAUGCACGAUCUCUUAUUACUGAUAUCACGAGAUAUAUUAAAACCAACUGGGAGAACAUCGUAGGAGUUUCACCUGUGCAGUACGUGGCACUUCCAGUAAAUUCUAGCUUUUACGAAAGUGUAGUAACUACUAACCUUGUUCUCUUCAGAGAGGCUGACGUUGUAUACAAUAGAAAAAUAGAUUCGAUUAUAAGAAAAAGACAAGUAACUUGUUUAGUAGCACGUAGUGUGAUACAAGAAAUGUUCAGUGAUUGGUUAACUACAUUUAAACAAUCUAAUCUUUCUUUCAUCGAAAGUUUUUCAACAUUUUACGGAGUCUAUAUAAUUAAUAAGUCACUUUUCAAUACUUUAUGGGACAAAUUAAUGCUCGUGCCGCCCAUAUAUACAACUCACUCUUUGAAGUCAAGAAAUAUAAAAACUGUAAUAACUUCUUGGACAACACAACUUGGAUAUCCUGUGAUACAAGUAAAACGAUACAGUAAGACACAGUCUCUGACAAUAAUGGUUAUAGACUGUUUUGCGGUUGAUGAAAAGGAGCCCUGUGAUCGCAAAUGGUGGAUACCUGUGACUUAUGUAAAAAUACCAAAGAAUGAGUUUAUUACAAAGUAUCAUUUAUUCUUACAACCAGACGGACAAAAAAUCUCGAUUUCAAAUAUUAAAGAAGAUGAUUGUAUUAUAAUAAUGGGACAAGAUGGAUAUCGCGUCAACUACGACACCAAAUCUUGGAAAAAUAUAAGACUGUUUCUGAAUAAUGAAAAUCCUAAGAUUUUAAAUUUAUCAGACGUCACUUUAGCGCACAUUCUCGACGAUGCUUUUUAUUUUUUAAUACAAAAUACGGUUUAUAAUGGAAAUCCUGUUUCACAUGAUGCCAAUCUAAACAUAUAUUUCGAUCUUGCAAACAAUGUUUUACAUGUACAGAAGUCGUACAUAACGUGGUAUCCUGUACUUACUGCUCUUCAAUACUUAUCAAAAAGUUUUCCGUAUCCAGAAAGUGCAAGUAUUAAGACUAAAAUCCUUCAACUACUGAAUUUCUUUUUCGAGAAUACAUCACAAAAACAAUUUUCCGAAAAUAGUAUUGAUAAUCAAGUAUAUCACGAACUUGUAAAAUGGAUAUGUAUUCUUGAUGGUUUAAAGUGCAAAGAACAUGUUAAUGCUAUAUUAAAGUGGCAUUUAGAAAAUCCUGCAAAAAACAAACUUUUGCCAAGUUGGCAAAAAUGGAUAUAUUGCCAAGGUUUAAUUUUAGAAAAUGGUACUUUUGAUGCGUCUGAUUUGUGGCGAAACAUAGAGAAGAUAUAUUUAACCCAGAGAAAAUUAGAAGAAAUUUUUGAAUUGUUAUCUUGUUCUGGACAUAAUAUUUUGCAAUCUUUACGUUUUAGUGAAGUUAAACUAUUAACCAAAAGAAGAUCUGUUAAUGUUCUUUUUGAUAGUGUAGCAAAAUAUUCAAAAGACGUUACAUUAUUGAAUAGUAUCAUAAGCAGAAUAAAUAAUGUUGCAAGAGACAAUCUACUUGCAGUUGUCACUUUUAUUAUUAACAACACGUAUUCAGAAGAAAAUCUUAAAAAGAUUUCUGUAGGACUGAUUUAUAAUAACCUGAUCGACAUAUAUAAUAUAGAGAAGGCAAGAUUCAUGCUUGACAUCAUUAUGAAGAAAGUUGAGAAUCGUCGUACGUUUUUAAAUAAAAUAAGUAGUAACGAUUGUCACAAACCGCACGAAUUAUUUAAAUCUUACGUAUAA